CCCCGCGGGUUCGAGCCCCGCCGCCCCGGUCCGCCCGAGGGCGCCCCCGGGCGCGUGCUCUGAGCAGAGCCGCACCUCCCGGCUUGCCGCCCGCCCCCUGAUUCCCGCCGCCGCCGCCCGGAGGAGAAAGGAAGCCGGAGCCUCCGCUCCAGGUCCCCCGGCGCGGGCGCUGCGGAGAGCUGCGGGCUUGGGGAGGAGGAGGAGAACGCGGUGAAUGAGUGCCCGCCUCGCCUCCGAGUUGUGUGAGUUGGCGGCGCCGCGCCCCGGCUUCCGGCUCUCGGCGCCCCACGCGCUCGCGGCUCCCGCGGCUGCAGCCCACGCCCGCGCCAGGAGCCCCAGCUCACCGCUCCGGGGGAGCCGAGGCUCCCGAGCUCCCGGCCCGGCCCCAGUCCAGCGGAAAGCAGGGGUGUCCCCUGGCAGAGGCGCACGGCCGCGCGCUCUCCCGCUAGCUCCGUGGCCCUUCGGUCUCUCCAUGGCCUCGCAUCAGCAAUCCCGGAUCCAGGCUUACCUGGAGAAGAACAGGAUCGGUCCGCUGUUUGAGGAAUUAAUGACCAAGUUAAUAACUGAGACACCUGACCAGCCAAUCCCAUUUCUCAUUGACCAUCUUCAGUCAAAACAAGGAAACCGUGGGCAACUUCAAAGAACCUUAUCUGGAUCUGCAGCUCUCUGGGCAGAAAGUGAAGCAUUAGAACAUAAAGGAACAAGAAGAGAUUUCAGAAACUAUGAUAAACCCUGGCAGUUAAGUGCAAAGAAGCCUAAAAAGUCAAAAAGUGACCUUGCUGUGUCUAAUAUUUAUCCACCAUCUCCAGAAUCAAAAUCAUUGCCAAGGUCAGUAGAUCAUCCUAAGUGGAACUGGCGGACUAAACCAGAAAGCCGUGAUUUUGAUGAAUUGAACCACAUCCUUCAAGAGAGCAAGAAACUGGGAAAAGCCCUUGAGAAUCUCUCUCCAAGUAUUGCAAUUUCAGAUGAACUCGAUAAGGAAACCAUGGCAUUUAGUUCUUCUCUUCUGAGACCUCGUGUGAUUGGCGAGUGGAUUGGUCGAGAAGAGAACGAUGCUGACCCAUUGGCCGCUGAAAUGCUACAGCCCCCAGUUCCCAGAAGUAAAAAUGAACAAUGGGAAAAUGAAGACAGUAGCUCUAGCCCUGCAGGAAGCUUAAAGGUGGAGCUCAAGACUAAAGGAUUAAAACAACAGCAACAGCAACACAAGAAACUUCUGGCAGCCAUGCUUUCUCAAGAUUCUUUUGAGUCUGUCCAUAGUCCCACCCCAUCUGUAACAGAAGAAGAUAUUGAUAAUGAAGAUGAUGCAAUGGAAUUGCUGGGUAAUUUUAAAAAUUAAUAAUUUCUCUUUUUAUUCUCUGGCAUUGUAAAAGUGUGUAGUGGUUUAGAGAUUUUAAAGGUUUUGAGUGGUUUUGUCAUAGGGUAAAGAAACUAUUUAACGUACACUUUUCAUUAGACUUUCAUGGAGUUGCAUGUGAGAAUUAAGUUGAAAUUAACUCAGCAUGUAAAAUAUUUAUCAGACUGUAUUUUGUGCUUUGUAUAGGCAGAACUUACCUUCUCCCUGCUUAAUCAGUCUUUAUUCUCUGUGCAAUUGUGAUACAAAUUCAGGUCUGUCUGCUUUAUUCUCUGAUUAUUACUGCCUUGAUCACAUCUUCUGUCUAUACAAUAUAUCCAGAGUACCUAUUUCAGAGUUCAUUCCAAUAUGUCUCCCUGUUGUUUCAAAGAUAUUUUAGAAAAAGCAAGUUAAGCUUAAACAGGCACAUAGUAAAUUAAUGUUAGUAUGUCUUCCAUAAAUGACAGGAAAGUUUGCAGAGAUUUCAAUGUUUUUAUAGUCUUAUUACUUUUAUGGAAACCUUAUUGAUGUUGUAUAUAUAGGAAGUCCUUUUGUAUCUUUUAAUGAAGUAGAUGUCUAUUUUUGUUUCAUCAGAAUCUCUGCAUAGUAGUUUUUUUAAAAAUUGAACUUCCUUUUGUAAAACCAUUUUUUCAAAGAAGAAAAUGAAAUUUUAUUUCAGAGAAAAUGAUCCACAUAUAAAACAGAGUUUUUAGUUCAGUGAUAUUAUCUAUUCUAUUCUAAAUAAUUAGAACAGUUUUCAAAUAUUUUGUGACAUUAUCCUAGGAAAUGAAAAAAUGAUAAAAGUCAUUUGAAUUUUUCAAAUAAGUUUUACAUAUAGAAAAAGGACCCCCAGAAAUAUACAGACUUUUUUAAAUAUUUUUUUUUCUAAACUAGCUUUCUGGGUUUUAAGUGUUUAUGGCAGUAAGAUACUGUUAUUGUAAUAAAUGAUAUAGGUUUCCAAGGAUAGGCUUACAAAGUGUUAUUUAGUUAGUGAUGACAGGUUCACUGAUGUCGUCUGAUGUUAUAAUAACUGCAUUCAUUCGAAAAUUUAGAAGACUGUGUCAUGGCAUUUUCGCUUCAUGCUGUCCAUCUUUUUUAAAAAAGAACUGUUAAAUUUUGUUGCAUUUUUUAAGGGGUCUCAUUUCCCACCAGAUGUGCCAGAUGCGGUGGCUGUACCUUCAUCCAGCUUCCAUUCAGCAAACCUUUACUGAAUGCUAGGCACUGGGCUUAGUCCUGGGGAUGUAAAGAUAAUUGUGGUUUCAGUGUAUGUUCAAGUGUUCAAAAUGAAAGUACAAAUACAUCACUCAGUUUUCACUUCAGGUGCUUAAAUUUAGUUAAGCACAGAGUCGUACAUAGGAAUAGCAUCCAGUGCAGAAGUAGGGGCCAGUGAUCAAGGAAUGCUUUCUAGAGAGUCUUAUUCCUCUGCUAAGUCCCGGAGGAGAAGCGGAUGGAGUUUGGCAGGCAGAGUGUGGUCCUGACCCUUGCGGGUUUGCUGAUGCAGGAAUGGAUUCUUGUGGUGCUCCAUGACACUGCCUAUAUGCUGUUCCUCUGCCCUCAUCGGUAGCAGUGAAGGAGGCAAGUCUGGAAUAGCGACUGUUCAUGGAUGUGGCCUGUGUGACAUCAGUGUUGAUGAAUCGGUACGUGGGUAAUUGGUUGUACAGAUAUCCUUCUGUCUCAUCCCUUUCCUUUAAAUGACAGCUCACAGUCAGUUGAUACCCAUAUGAAGUUAGUUUUACUCUAUCUUGCAGAGAGUAUCUUUUGAAGAAAUCCAGGCAUUCUCUGAAUCGCUUUGAGAUUCCUGAGAACAUCAGGAAUGUCUUAUCAGAAUGGUUGGUUGGUGUUCAGUUGCUCAGUCGUGUCU